CGGCCAUAUGCUUAGUGGAUAAGCAGUUCUCUCCAAACCCACCUAGAAGACCUCCAUCAUGCUCGCCCUCAAGCUCAUCCUCAUAGCCGCGACCAGCGUACUCGGAGUCGCUAUCCCUGAACCAACAGCGGCAGCCCAGCAAGCCGCUACUUGCACAAAAGACAAUGAAAUCCUCAACGCCCUGAAGAAACUCGGCGUACCAGGCACAAAUUUCUGCCGCGAAUAUAUCAAUAGACCCACAACGAGCACUGUAACAGCGACCAUCACGCCUACCCCCGUGACAACCACUAGCACCGCCGUAGUCACAGUAACAAGCACCCAAUGCGGCCAACAAAAGCGCGCUGCAUUCCUACCACCCAAACACUUCCAAAUCGAGACCUUUGACAAAGGCACCCGCAUCAAGGUCGACAAGCGCACAAACCUUCCCUCCCAAGUAGCACGUUUCCCUGCUGCAAAGAUCGCUGAUGCGUGUCGCUGUCUCUGCCUGAAGCCAAAGUCUCCUUCUACUACUGCCACUACUACUGUUACGACUUUUGCGCCUGCACCGACGGUUAGUGUCACUACAACCGCAACUGCUUGCGUCGAGAGCCAGCCACCUGUAUGUGCUGCGCCGGGCCAACCCUGCAAUAUGGAUCACCCGGGUAAGUGCUGUAACCUAACGUGCUAUGUUAACCGGUCGAGCUCUGUUGGUCCUUAUUGUCUUUGAGGUUGGUAUGAUUGGCUGUGGUUUGGGUAGAGACUGUUGUAGGCGAAAAGACUGGACGGUUUGAGUCGGGGAUAGGCUUCGAACUGUAUAUCUGAUUAGUUGGAUUGUAAUCUAUUAAUUGAUAAUUGGAAGAUGGUAUGAUCGUGAGA